AUGGAUGAUUGCUUAUUAUCUGACGAACAGUGGAGUGAACUCUCUCGAGCAAUUUAUGUUUACGAUCAACAGGGUGACCGAACCACGCUUAAUCAAGUUUUGGUUUUCAUUCUGAAAAGUCUCGUGGAAUCAAUCGAUGAUCAAGAUGAUCCAACUGCAACUCCUAACAAAAAUGACGAAGAUUUUAUCGAAAAGCAACUUGUCAUCGCACUCAUUGAAUGUGAACUUGCUGAACUCAUCGAUGCGAAUAAUUGUCCAAGGUGGUGUUGUCGACAGCGCCGACAACGAAUUCAACCGGCAAAAGCAUUUGAUAAUACGAACAGUGGUUUCAUUUCUAAAGAACAGAUUCAAACUUGCUUUGGCGCACAUAUAAGUGAACGGAAAAUGGCAGAAUUAUUGCAAUUUGCUGAAACUAAAGAUAAUGGACAUAUCAAUUACAGAGAAAAGGGAACAACAGUCGAUCGAUUAAUUGAAAUUUUCAAUUAUGAUAUUCUAGAAUUAAAUCCUUUGAAACAAAAACUUGGUUAUGUUUCAACAAAUGGAAAUUUUUAUCCCCGACUUGGUUAUCGAAGUUCACUUGAUCGUUUAUUAUUGUUAGUAAAGACGAAAAUGAAUUUACGUAUGAAUAGUUUAGUUGUACCUGCUAAUCACAUCGAAUAUGACAUUGCACAAAAAUUAACAGAAUUGUGGGAAAAUACUCCUACUGUAUCAAAUCAUAAUAAUGCUCCUAUUCUUAUUUCAUGGAUUAAAAAUAUUGUUGAAAAUCUGAAAAGACCAAAGAAUAAAUUUAGUUAUGAUCAUCAUAUUCAACAAUUUGCUCUUCUAUUAUUAAUUCUUGGUAGUCGAAAUUGCUAUGAAUUUCUUCGGUUGAACUUAUAUGGAGCAUUACCUCAUAUUACCAAUUUAGAAUUAUUGAAGGACAGUUCAGAUUUGAUUUAUUACAAGAAUAUUUACAGUUACAUGAUAAUAAAUACGUAUUUUCAUCGGAAGAUUCAACUCAUUUAA